UGCAAACCUUACGUCGUAUAUAUGAUCGCGUUCAGUACGGACGCUCGCUCAAACAGUGUGAGGCAGCUAGUUGUGCAAUAUGAGGAACUUAUUUUUAUUUCUUGUAGCUGCCUGUGUUGUAGUUGCCAUAUUACCUAAUAAUGCACACGGCAAAUCGGUAAAGAGACUGUUCAAGACUGGCCGAAGAAGUACGGACGAUGAGCCGGUGACCGUAAUUCCUCUGAUUGAACUCCUAGAAAGUUAUGAUAUACAUCCAACAAAUGCCAAGCGUCAAACGUUGCCCGGCCUGCCUGAUGGCACUGUGAUAGCGUACCUGGUGUUUGCGACUUGCGAGUAUGUUGCAUUUUGGGCUAUGGAAUUCUCCGGUAAAUUUGUAGAUGCGUGGAUGAAUCUAAGGUACUACACCGACCCACUAAACCCUCCCGAUACAUGGGUAACUGUGAAUAAGAACUUGAUGUUUUCCUUCGCUGGAUCCGUAACAUUCACCGUCACAUUAGGGACCGUACGACCCAUGUACAACGGUGUACAUAGAGACUAUUUUGGAACGGCCGGACGGUCUGACAAAAAUGGGAAACAUCACAAUAGAAACAGAUUGUCCAUGCGAUCCAGGUACCGGUCAGGGUGAUCCUCAUUACGUAACUUUUGACAAAUAUCACCUCGAAUUUAAUGGUAAAUGUAGUUACGUUCUGGCCGAGACUUGUAAAGAUUCUCCCUAUUAUUUGAAAGUGAUAUCAAAGCAUGGUGAAGUGGUCAACACGCUCUCAAAUCCCGAUGCUCGCCGAAUUGAGAGCGCAGAUAUAACAACUAAUAAUCACAAGAUCAACCUGGCUGAUGAUGGUCAAAUAACUAUAGAUGGAAUAGUCGUCAAUUCAUAUUAUCUGUCGGACGAGGGAGAAAUUGGUAUCCAAAUGAUUGACAACAUAACUAGCAUAGUAUUCUCUGAUAAGGGAAAGUGGUGGGUUGAAUGGACUAAGAAUAUACGUAAUAAACGGAAUAUACUGUAUAUUGGUAUACACAAAGACUCGGAUCUUAUCGGGAAGAUGUGCGGUAUGCUCGGGCCCAAGUUGCCCAGUAAUGCACCAAGUCAGAGUUUCAUUGGUUAUCAAAUGAAAAACGGGAAAUACACUUAUGACGUUAUAGAACUUGGUAACAGCUAUGUUGUACCCAACAGCUGUCCGUAGUAAUACACCUAUAAUCAGAGUGCAAGGAUAUCAAUGGUGCAUAUGUAAUCAAUUAAACCAUAUACACUUCGAAAUAACUGUAGACUAUGCAGAGGUCGGGAGUAAUGGUAGUGGUGAAACGCAUACAAAUGUUGUAAUCUCUUAUCGUUUUUGGACUAUUGAGUCUGCUAUUAGUGCACACUCUACUUAAAUUAAUAUGUUGUAGAAUCUAUGAAUAAAUCAUAAAGCAUCGUUA